AUCGCUGUAGACGGAUUACUGGUGAUUGCGGAGCCUUGCGUCAGACUGCAGUAUAUUUACCAGGAGUCAACAGAGGGACGCGCUCACAUAGAGGAGGAAGCUGGAUGGGGACAGCAUAAGCAGUUGAGAUAUAAACUGCCUUAUCUUUUUUUGUUUCAGGUAGUAAAUCCGUCGAGUUGUGUUAAUCUAAACUAAAGACAUUUAGACGGCUUCACUGUUAUUUCUAGCAGUGCCUGCACAGCAUAGUAGCUGUACUUGGGACUACAUGAACACGGACUUCGAGGAGCAGGAAGACGAGCUGCUCGCCCUGCAGAGCAUCUUUGGUUCAGAAGAGUUCCUCCGACAUGAGUCGAAGUCUGCCGGAGAAUUCAGAGUUUCUGUGGAGCUACCUGCGGGCUUCAAUGUGCUCCUGAAACAUGGUGAAGAAAUAAGGCAGUAUGACGUCUCUUUCCUCCCACCGCUGCUUCUGACCUUUGAACUUCCUGAGGAUUACCCAUCCUCCUCCCCGCCCUUCUUCACUCUCACCUGCAGCUGGCUGACUGACCCUCAGCUAACUUCACUGAGCAAUCAGCUUACUGAUCUCUACCAGGCCACUGGGAAUACUGUGGUGCUCUUCUCCUGGAUACAGUUUCUGAGAGAGGAUGCCCUGAAGCACCUAAACAUCCACACUCUGCUGGAGCUUCCCUCUGAUCACUCUAAGAUUCUUCAAACUAACCAGGCCCAACAAGACGUUGAGUGUUACAAAGCAGAAGAAAAGGAGAGCUCUCCACAAUCUGAACCUCCAGAUGAUCAGAAUCAUCAUGUGUCAUCUAAUCUAUCUCCACCACCUGGAGAUGCUGCACAAGGCUCAGACUUCACAGCCUCUAACACAUCUGAGACUACCGAUGACUUCCUUUCCUCAGCUGUUGACAAAUUUGAACUUUCUGAGUCAGUCACAGAUAUCCCUCCAAACAAAGACCACAGUUACUCGGGUCUCUCUUUAACUCCAUCUCAGAUGCUCCUGUCCCAGAUCUUGAUCCAUGACGCAGAGCAGAAACGAAAGGUGUUUGCCGCCACGCUGUUUGACUGUGGUGUUUGUUUCACAAGUUGGCUCGGGUCGGAGUGUCUGCAGCUGUACGAGUGUGGCCACAUUUUCUGCCGGGCCUGUCUCAGUGAGUUCUGUAAAGUCCAGAUUACUGAGGGGACGGUCCAGGGCGUUAUCUGUCCUCAGCCGGACUGCACUGCCACACCGACACCUGCACAGGUGAGAAAUCUUGUAGGAGAGGAGCUCUUUCACAGAUAUGAUCGUCUGCUUCUGCAGUCUAUCCUGGACUGCAUGCCUGACAUCACAUAUUGUCCUCGGGAUUCCUGUGGUUCUGCUGUUAUUCUGGAGAAGUCCAGCCGUGCUGCGAUGUGUUCUGUCUGCAGCUUUGCCUUCUGUGUAAACUGCAAAAAGACCUACCAUGGAACAAGCAAGUGUUACGAAGAGCCUAACGAAAAGAACAGUAAUGAUCCACUGAUAAGUCUACCACAGACAAGCGAGGGGAUGGCAGCACUUCUUCAGGACUAUGCCACUGGCUGCAGGCAGAGGCGUCGCCUCCUGGAGAGAAGAUAUGGUCGCAAACUGCUUCUGUACACCCAGAGUGACAAAUGGGUAACUGUCAAUACGAAACCCUGCCCCCACUGCUUCUGCCCAAUACAGAAGGAUGGCGGAUGCAACCACAUGUAUUGCACUCGAUGUAACCAGGGAUUUAACUGGGAGUGACUCUGUAGGCUGGAUUCAGAUCCAUCCGCUGCAACCCCUCCGUCAGUUUACAUGGCCUACCAGUUCGUAGCUGAGUUGCUGUCAUUCUCAAUCACUUCCACCUUCUUAUAAUACCACUGACAGUUGACGGCGAAAUAUUCAGGAGCAAGGACAUUUCAUGACUAAACUUGUUGCACAGGUGGCAUCCUAUCAUAGAGAAACACACACACAAAUGGGGGUUCGUCCUGGAUUUGAAACCGGGGACUUAUUGCGCCCCAAGCGAGAAUCAUACCCCUAGACAAAGAAAAACAACUUGUGCUACAACCCCUUAAAUGGAAAGGAGAACAGUAAACUGGGGGAGCCGCAAAGAUCCACAGCUCAGGUGGUGAAAUCUGUCGCCAGGGCAACUAUUAGUCAUGCAAUUUACUAAUCUGGCUUCCAUAGAAAAGUGGCAAGAAGAAAUUUAUUGCUGAAUACAGAUGCAUUCAACAACUUUCAAACUUUAGUUGAAAACCCAUAAUGCGUUUAGUUUGUCGUGUACCUCAAAAAAACAACCCUGAACUUGCAGCCAGAGCUACAUCUAAAUAAUUAGGUUAAAGCAUCUAAAGCGCCAGACAAAAAUGCCAUUUUGUAGUUGUCAUUGUGUUGAUAGGUGGAUGUACAAUGUAUUGAUUGGAGGGUGGGGCGUUCAAACUAAUAUAAAAAAUGUAGAAGUCAACACUGAAUUUAAUAAUUAUCUGCUGUCGUACAUUAAACUGCAUUUUUACAUCACAAACGCCAGAUGGCACUAAAAAUCAGUAAAACGAGCCUUUGUAAAAAUGCUUUGAUUAUGUAAGCAGUACUCCAAAUCCAAAAAAAUAUAGAUAGUGAGGUUUUUGUUAUUUUAUGAAAUUUUUUGUUAAAUAUUGCACAACAAAUAUUUUUUAUUAAAAAAAAUAUUUGUUGUGCAAUGGUGCAACCAGUUCUGACGUAAUUUCGGUUGUGCUAUAAGAUAAACUGUUAUACAGCUUUUUGUGUUACAGUUAUAAAGACUGGAAAAAAUGUCUUAAAUAGACCUGGCAUCUCACAUUUUGUUUGCCUUCAAAUACAGCUCAGAGGUACAGCUGCUGUGGGGCGUUUGACACCUACGCACAGACAUCAUGUUUUUAAAAGGUCCCUCUCCCUUCCUCUGCUGUGGCGUAAAAACACUAGACCAAAGAUCCUGUCUGCAGGUCCCCAAUGCUACCUUUCUUUGUCAUGAUAGGCAAUGUGCAGCUGUCAUGCAUGUUAACCCCAGCUUCUACACAGGUCUUAAAAAUGUUCAUACAGCUGUUUUUCUUUCUGACCCACAGUGGUGUAAGAACAGGGCCUGAAGGGUUAUAACUGGAGGGACUGACGUGUGUUUGUCAAGCCGUUAUGUGUUCCAUAUGAUACAGAAAACAAUAUGUAAAAGACAGGUUCGUUGUAUCAAAGACCUUACAUCAAAUGCAGUGCCUUGAAAAAGUUUUCACACUUGAGCUUUUCUAUAAUCUGGUCAUGUUACAACUGCAAUCUUCAAUGUACUUGGAUCUUAAUACAUAGGUUAAUAAAACAUAGUAGAUCAUUGUAAAGAGGAUGGAAAAUGAUAGAUUGUUUUCACAAUUUUUACGCUGAUGCCUCUAAAUUUAAUCUCAGUAUAAAUAGAUCUAUUCUGUGAGCACUUCAGAGCUUUGCUACAGAACAUUGCAAAACAAACAGCAUCAUGAAGAUCAUAGUUGUGGAGAACUUUAUGACUGGGUUAGGAUAUAAAACAACAUAUCAAGUUUUAAACAUCUCACUCAGCACUGCUCAGUCCAUCACCAAAAAAUUAGAAAUAUAUGAAAAAUACAAAGACAUCCAUCCACCCCAACUGACUGCCCAGGAGAGGACAAGAGGCCCCCAGUGAGGGCAGCUAUAGACGUGACUCCACAAAUCUGGUCUUAAUAGAAAAAAGGCAGGAAGAAAGUCAAUAAAAUGUACCGUUUGCAGUUACCCACAAGCUGUCUUGGUGACACAAAAGAACCUGUGGAAGAAGGUCUUCUGGUCAGACCACAAAUGAACGCUGAUCUAUGAUGGACAACUAGCACUAUACUUCACCCUGAACACACCACCCCAGCUGUGAUGCUUUUCUUCAGCAGGGACGAAGAAACUGGUUGAUGAUGGGUUGAAGGCUACAGUUAAGCCCCAAAUUAUUCAUGCCCCCCAACAGAUUUAGAUUUAAAAAUAUUUUCAUUUAACCAAGAAGUUUGUGUCUGAGAUUAAAUAAAAGAGGUACCUCUCAAGUGGGAAUAACACAGUGUAAAUGGGGUGUAUGUUAUAAAAAAAGAAUGUAUUUAAUUUACAUUUUAAUAAAAAUGGUGUGAUGGAAAUUACUUAUGUCUUUUUCAAUAAUUAAUUACAGCAAUUAAACCCUUCAUAUAAUUUCUGACAAGUGUUUUAAAUGUUUCCAAUGGGAUUUUAAUGAUUUAUCUGUGCUGAUGAGCUCCAGGUCUUUGAGGUUGAUCAGGCCUCUUUCCAUCACCCUAAUCUUUAGCUCCCUCCACAGAUUCUUUAUCAGAUCCAAGUUGAGACUCUGGUUGGUCCAGCCCAAAACAUUUACAAUACUUUCAGUCAGGAGACUCAUGUAAUAAAAUUUAAAGUUGAAAUCUAAAUCUGUCAGGCAUAUGAAUAAAUAUAGGCUUAACAAUAAAUAUAGGACAAUUUAUAAAGCAAUUCUGCUGGAGGCUGCAAAAGAUUUAAGAUUGGUUCACCUUUAAGCAACAACUCUAAGCGUACAGCUAGAGCUACAAUAGAGUAGUUUAGAUCAAAGCCUAUUCAUGCCUUAGAAUGGCCUAGUCAAAGUCCAGAUUUAAAUCCAAUUAGGGAUCUGUGGUCACAAAAUUUUACACAGAAGAAUGGGCAGAAUGUUUUAUAAGUAAAUGUGCAAAAUUAGAAGAGACAAUCUUGGGAAUAAAGCCUGUUCUGAUUCUGAGACAUACCUCAAAAGACUUACAGCGUUAUCUGCAGUAAAAGGUGGUCUUAUAAAGUAUUUACUCAGGGGGGAAUGAAUACCAAUGUAUGCCACGGUGUUCAUGCUUUUAUUUGCUAAAAUACUUUCAAACUAUAUAUCAUUUCCUUCCACAUCCCAAUUACACCAUACUUUGUGAUGUCACACAACAUCCCAAUAAAAAUAUAUAAAAGUU